CCGCUCUUGUUCCCUACAGUCAUGACCAUCUGAGCCUCUGAUCCAAAGCCCUCUUCUUCGACGGCUUUUCCUCGCUUCCGACUGGCACUCAGUGGCAGACAUCAUGGCCGAACCAUCCCCUCAGGACAGGGAACGAUAUGAGGGUCUCAAGAAGCAGAUAGCCCAGUCUAUCGCGACUAAGCGCAACAUCGACAUGCAGCUGGCGCGCAUAGAGGCGAAGAUCUACAGCCUAGAAGGCUCCUACCUCGGCGACUCGCACAUGGGCGGCAACAUCGUGCAGGGCUUCGAUGGGUACUUGAAGGCCCAACCAGGCGGCGCGGGCGGCGGUGCGGGUCGCGGUAGACGGCACGACGUGACGGACGCGGACAGGAUAUUCUCGACGAGCAGCAUGACAUGGCAGAAGUCCCUCGAAAUCGCGGAGGACGAGUCUGGCACGCCCGCGCCCGAGGCCAACACCAUCAAGCUCCCCAGCAUCUCCGCCGGCCCGCCCAAGAAGUCGGGCAGGAAACGCGAGCGCGCGACUACAGCGAGCGACUUUGACGACGAGGAGAUACACAUCCCGGCGCAGACGAGUAGUGGCAGGAAGACGAAGAAGACGCGCACCAUGGACGAUUGAGCGGGUGCGCGACGCCCAACUGAGUGGAUGUGCACCAUGGAUGAUCGAGCGUUGACUUCCUUAGGUUGUCUUCCUCGGCGUCCAACAAGCGCCGGACUGCGCGGCGUCGCUACGUACAGUCUAUGCGUGUGCGGGUGGCUCUUCGUGGGUCUGUCGAAUGUUCUUUUGCUGCGCCCUCCCUUCAGACACCUUGGCAUCGGGGGAGAGUUGCUUGUUUUGUGUGUACGUUCUCAUGUUGUCUUGUGUACUUUACUCUUGCUUCCCCAGCCUAGUCCAUCUCAGCUGUAUGAAUCCUCACGCUCGUGGCUGGUCAAGUCGAUGUUGCGCCUCAGGCGCUCGGCCGUUAGCCUCGAAUUUGGGGGACGCUAGGGCUCUCUUGUCCUUUUUAGUCCCUUUGUG